AUGACAGACUCCAACACUUCGUCAACCCUCUCAACCAACUCCCCAGUCAAGGUCCAGCCGCUACGUGACCCCGCUCGUGCAGCCAUGGUCGUUGGCCAGAAGGCGCCGUUAGGCUCUAGUAAUCCCAACCAGGUAGUGCCGGGCCAGACGGUCGACCAUUCCAUUCCAGGCGCCAUGCUCGGCCAGAAGGCGUUGCUCGCCAAGAAGUUUGCCAGUGCCAAGGGUAGUACAAUUAGCCCGACGGACGCGCUACAGUCGCCGUGUACUGCCAAGAUUGCUAGUGCGAAGCAGCGCCGCUUCGCCAAGGUCAAGGUUGCCGGGCUGCGCCUAGUCAGCGACGAGAACAAGAACACCACAGACAAGGCAUGA